AUGUCAAAAAAUACCACAAUUAGUAACAACAAUAGUAAGGAUGUCAACCCUAUUAAUAAAAGUAGUAGUCAACUUUUAAAAAAUAAUUACAGUGAAAGUAGUAGUAGUAGUAGUAGUAGUAGUAGUAGUAGUAAUAAAACAACAACAACAAAUAAUUUAAGUAAUAUUAGUCCACCAAUCAAAAAGGAAGAUGACCCAAGUUUAGAGUUCAAUAAUUUUAGUAAUGAUGCUCAAAAUUUAAAUACAGGAAGAAGAAGUGUAGAAGGUGAUGAGUUUAGAGAAUAUUUGUUAAAAGAAUUAUCUAUACUCAGGUUGGAGAAUGAAAGGUUUAGAAGCCAAAAUUAUGGUUUUGAAAGAAGAAAAAAGCCACUAUCAGAAGAUGUAAAAUUUGAAGGAGGCUUUUCAAUGGGCUUCGAAAAAACAUGGGAUUUAUUCGAGUUCCAAUUUAGAUAUCACUUCGGUCCCCGUUUUGAUAACACAGAUUUAAUUUCAAGUUUAAAAAGUGAUGCGCUAAUCUAUUUACAAAGGAUGGACCCAAAUGGUAAUAAUUCUGCGGAAGAGAAUUUAUUACAAUUAAGGAAACAAUACCAAGACCUUCCAACCACUUUGUUACUCAAAUUCAGCGAAUUUACCAGAACAGGUAAAUUUGAAUCAUUAGAGCGAUUAUUAUUAGUUUUUGAUACAGUUCGUUCAAGGGUAAAAUUAUCAGAUGAUGCUGCAAUGGUUACACUCAAAUCAGCUUUAGGUAUUAACUUCUCAAAAGCUUUAAUGGUAGAUGUUUCGGACAUCGAAGGUUACUCAUCAUUUCAGAAGUUUAGUGAAAAAAUUGUUCGUCUCGAAAAGAAUUACCAACUAACAAUGGGCAAAUCUCUUUAUCUACGUCAAGACGAAAUCCAGGGUAUAUUUGGUGCCAGUGUAUCAAGUUCAGGACUAACUUCAGUUGUCAGUAAUACAGUAGCUGCAGUAGAGGUCAAAAGAAAUAGUGAAUUUAGAUGUUUUAUUUGUGGGAAUCCAGGUCAUUUAGCUAGAGAAUGUAGAGAGAAGUAUAAUAGUGAUAGUGAUAGAAGAAAUAAUAACCCACCAAGAUAUAAUAAUUAUAAUCAGCAAAGAUAUAACGGUAAUAAUAAUCAACAAAGAUAUAACGGUAAUAAUAAUAAUCAACAAAGAUAUCACAAUAAUAAUCAAUUAGAAUACAAUAGUAACCAGUUGGAAUAUAGUAAUAAUAGAUUUGAAAAUAAUUUUAAUAAAUUUAAUGAGGAUAGUAGAUUUGGUAAUAACAAUAAUAACAAUAGAUCAAAUAACAAUGACUACAAAUCAAAUCAUAGUUACAAUAGAAAUAAUAAUAGAAAUAAUAAUCAGAUAAAUAAUAUAGAAGAGGAUGAAUAUCAUACUAAUAAUAAUAAUUGCGGUUCCUUUAUUGAUGGUUAUGAUACAAGUGAUAAUGUGUCAACUCUUAAUAGCAUUAAUAAUAUAAGUAGAAAGGAUAACAUUUGUGCAAACCUUAAGUUUAAUGGUCGUCCAAUCAGAGUUCUAUCAUUGGUUGAAAAGUUAAAUCUUCUAAUUCGUCCAAGUUUAAAGAAAGUCACAAAUGCAAGUAACCAUGUAAUGGCCACUCAAGGUGAAGUCGUAUGCCAAGUCCAGAUGAGUGAUCAAAUCAAAUCAAGUAUCAGUUUCGAAGUUUUUAAGGAUCAAGACAUUUCAGCUUCUUGUAUUCUCGGUUUAGGAGCUUUAAAGACUCUUGGUUUAAAUCCAAUUGUUACAGAAAUGAAGUUAUACUCGUUUAGGCACAAACAAUAUGUCCCAAUGUAUUCUCACAUGGAACAGCCAGUUCAAACAAUUGUCGACACUCCAAUCAAUACUAAUUUAAGCGAGCAUGCUUCUGUUAAUCAAAACCUAUUCGACUCACUUAUUAUUCCACCAGAAGAAAUUUAUAGAGUAAAUCGUGUGCACGCCCAGCCAACAGUGUUACCUUCCGAGCAAGUCCAAGAACCAUCAUCAAACAAAGUCGAUUCAUCAUUGGCAAGUAAUUUAUUUUUAAUUAAUAAUCAAUCUCCAAUAGAAAAUAAUAAUAUUCAAUCACAGCCAACAAAAAAUAAUAAUAAUAGUAAUAAUUUUCAAUCAUCAUCAACUCAUAACAAUAAUAAUAGUAAUAGAGAUAAUCAACAAUCACCAUUAGGUCACAAUAAAGAUAACGGUAGUCAUAAUAAUAGUAAUAAUAAUAAUAAUAAUAUUAAAGUCGAAGAUAGUGUCAAAUUCAAUAAAUAUAGCAUACAAUUAUUAGAGAAGAUCGUUUUUGGUCCAGAGCCACCCCUAAAAGGAAUAGGAAUACUUCCAGGUAUAGAUGUUAAAGUAGCUCCAGAUAGUUCAAUUAUUCUCACACCUCAAGAACAAGCAAAAUUUGGUCAAUUAAUUAAGUAUUAUUCAGAAAUUAAGUUAGAAAGCUUAAGGAAAGCAGGUCAAGCAGAAGGUAUAUCUCAUAGCAUUCCACUCAUAGACGGUACAGAUAAAUCAAAACCUCAUCAAGAACCAUACCCAGUAUCACAAGUCCAAAAAGCUGUUAUGGACGUUAAAGUUCCAGCUACUCAAAAUUCAUCAAUUCCAGACAAGAUUAAGAAACCAAUCGUAGGCCCAUAUCGUAUUACAGCUAAGACCAAUGAUAACAAUCUCACAGCCAAUAUGGAAUCAGUUCAUCAUCCAAAUUUCAAUAUUAAUUAUAAUGAAGUGAAAUGUGUAAUGAACAAGGAUUAUAACUGA